GAAAACAGUCUGGCAACGUCGGAUUUGUUUGUUUAUUGUUUGGUUUCUGCCGCGAAUUACUGAAAAUAUUUAAAUUGCUGCUAUUAAAGCUAAUCAAUGGAACAAAAUGCCAAGAACAUCGAUAUCAAACUCGACACCGGCGACGUUUUGACUACCGGCACUGCAGCGGAGUUUGUGAACGGCAUCCUGGACUUCCUGCUAUAUCAGCGACGCCAGAUUCCCUUCGUCUACAAAACGUACAAGUAUUAUGUGGAGAAGUGGUCCGAUGCGGAGGAAUUGGGGCAAGCGCCGGAUCAGGGGUCGUUUGCCAACUAUCAGCUCAACCAGCAGCGGUCCAAGGCGAAGGCCACCAAGGAGUCCAUCAGCGACAUGCGAGAGCUCAUAAGACAAGCCUUCAGGACGUCCGCCGUGAAAAGCCUACGGUUUCUGUUCGGCACCAAUACCUUCAUGCCCUCGGAGGCGUACACCCUGCACAUCCCCCACGAGUCCAUAUCAAGGUCUCACUACUGCGAGCACCAUGCCUUGCCUGAAGGUCGUAUCAACCAGGCGCUGCUCCGCCUUCUAACCUGCGAGGAUCUGUACACGCUCUUCUCCACGGAACUGAAUGCCACCAAUGUGUUUCUGGAACUGGAGCUGUUCACCCCCUCGGAAACCCCGCAGGAUGCGACUAAUCUUAUACCCAAAGCUGUUCUGAGUCGCCUUCCGCGCAGCUGCAAGAAUAUACACUUGCACCUCUUACACAGCAGUGAGCACCCAUUAACCGACUUGCGAUGCUGCCAACAGAUGGAAAUUUACGAGGAUCUUGGCCUGCUCAAACUGGACACAUCUGAAGACGACUGCAGCACGACUAGCGUUUAUGCAGAGCCAUCAUCCAAGGAGUCCAGCGGCUGGUGGCAAUCUGAGGUCAUAGUGCGUGGAUUUAGGACUCCGCCCAACCAAAAAUCCGGUGACUUGUGGACUAGCUAGCAUUUGUAGUUAUAUAAGACCUUUUCUAUAUACCAACUUUGUGCGGUUUCCAAGAAUAAAGUGUGAAAUGAAUUUUAA